UGGAGCCAGAUUCGUGUACAUCCGGACAUGCGUCAGAUGAACGUUUGUUGACUUAAAGGGAAGCUCGUCCGCACUAUAUAACCCGCGGCCGAUAACGUUGUUGCAUUUAGCUUGUUUAAUUAACGCUCGUGUUCGAAUUCGAGGCGGUGCUAGCUUGUCUUGUGCCUGAAAUGGAUGACGUGGACAUUACAGACGUAGAUGCGGAUGGAAUGGCUCAACCGACGAAGAGAGCGGCCCCGAUUAACCAGGACCUGAGCUCUAUCAGCCAGAUCGCGGGAGACUUCUUGUCCCAGCAUGGGUGGUAUAUCCUGGUAUUCACUGUGUUCCUCUACCUGCUUAUCCAACACCUGAGCAAGAGGAGAUCCAGACAAGGUUCACCACCUCAACUAGAGCAAGAUGCGUCAUUGGUGACAAGAAGACACGUGGCCAUGGAAGCUGCCCGAAGGAAGAUGCAAGAGGAACUUGAUGAACAAGCAGCCAUCUUCAAAGAAAAACUGAAAAAGCAAGAAGAAGAGAAGAGAAGGCAGAAAAUCGAGAUAUGGGAGAGUAUACAACAGGGCCAGAGUUACAAAGGAGGUGCAAAACUUUCUCAGGCCACUGAAGAGACCAGCUCAUCAUCCACAGUUCUUAAACCAAAGACGCAAAAGAAGCCACUUCGCAGUGCUGACUACAAUCCUCUGAGUGGACAAGGAGGAGGCUCUUGCAGCUGGAGACCUGGAAGAAAAGGACAGUCAUCUGGUGGAUGAGGUUAAAGAAAGUUGGACAUUGGUCUCUAUGACCUUUGAACUCCUAGACCAUUAUAUUCACACUGACUAAAAGAAAAAAGCAACUGAAUCAAUGUGCCCCCUAUUCUCAAACUUUUAAAACAUCUUAAACGUUAUCAGAUAUUUUGCUUUAUUUGAAUUGUCUUGCUUCAGUCUCUCUCACGUUCUCAGCUCCUGGGUAGGGGUAAAUGCAUUGUGCCAUGGAAGCUUGUAAUGACGCCUUUCCUGUAAAUGGUCUAUAACCGGUAGGACUGGCUGAUGAAUUCCAAAGUCAGUGUUUUUUUUUUUUGUUUUUUUUUUUUGUUUACCAGUAUAUACCACAAUAUCUGGAGCUCACAUGUCCAACGAUGAUUCAGUCGCAUCCUUGGAUACAUUAGGAAGGGGAGCGGGUACUUUUCACAUACUAUUGUGUAAUAAAAAAAUAUUGUUUAUUAUAAUUGUUUAUUAUUAUGUUUAUUAAGAUAUCCAGGAUUUAAUGUCUUUUAAACAACCCUGAAUUUUGACUAGUUGAUCUGUUUCAUUUGGUUCCAAGGACAUAUAUAGCUGAGUAUCAUCUGCGUAACAAUGAAAAUUAAUAGAAUGCUUUCUAAUAAUCUCACCUAGAGGAGACAUGUAUAGGCUAAACAAAAUUGGACCAAGUACAGAACCCUGUGGUACUCCAUAGCUAAUCCUUGUGCAUGUGGAGAAUUCCUCAUUAACAUGAACAACCUGGAAUCUGUUCAAAAAAUAGGAGUUAAACCAUCCCAAUGCUGUUCCUUUAAUCCCAAUUCUAUGUUCUAGUGUCUGUAAAAGAAUGUUAUGAUCAAUUGUAUCAAAUGCAGCACUAAGAUCUAACAGGACAAGGACAAAAACUAGACCAUUGUCCGAAGCUAAUAGAAGAUCAUUAGUG